CCAAAACAUAGUUGGAGCCUAGCAAAGCUAAACACUUCAGGAGACUUCCUCACUUCUUUGGAAAGAGGAUCAUGGAACAGUGACAUUCAUAAAAGAAGACACUUUUAUUUCUAUUAUUUUUUUAAAUUAAUAUAAUUGAUUUUUAGAGUGAAAUAGCAUAUUGGGGACACAUCUAUUGGAAUGGGCAUGGUGACACUUUUUGCUCUGUGUUCCAGCAUGGGACUCUGGUCCAGGAUAGCUCCAACAUCUGCCAGCUCUAUCCUGCUAUUGUUUCUUGUGAAACAGGCCAAAGGUUCUCUGCUGGAAAAAACCACUACUGGAUGGAACAAAUACAAACAGGAAUGCUUGAAAAUGCUGCAGGAAUCGUCUGUAGAUAGUGGAGUGCAUUGCAAUGGGACGUUUGAUCAGUUUGUUUGCUGGCCUUACUCACCCCCUGGAAAUGUCUCUGUUCCUUGUCCUUCAUAUUUGCCAUGGCUGGAAAAUGGAAGUGUAGGACAUGUAUACAGAGUCUGCUUGGAUGAAGGGAUUUGGCAAACAAAGGAAAAUUCCACAGACAUUUGGCGGGAUAGCUCAGAAUGUUCUGAGAAAAAUCAUUUCCAGAAAAAUGAAGAAGAACAUAAGCUGCUCACCACAUUACAGCUCUUAUACACCAUAGGAUAUUACCUUUCUCUCAUCUCACUGGUGUUAGCUCUGCUUAUACUUUCUUUACUCAGAAAACUUCACUGCACAAGAAACUACAUCCAUAUGAAUUUAUUUGCAUCCUUUAUCUUGCGUGCUGCAGCAGUUCUUAUUAAAGACUCUGUGUACAACAAUAUUUACUCAAAAAGACCAAAUGAUGAAAGUGGAUGGAUAUUGUACCUCAGUCCAGAGAUUGUAAUCAUUUGCAGGACUGCCCAGUUUUUCAUGCAUUACUUUGUUGGGGCAAAUUACUUCUGGCUGUUGGUGGAAGGAAUUUAUCUGCACACAUUAUUGAUAACUGUGGUGCUCUCUGAAAGAAGGCUGCUGCAGACAUACAUUGUGAUAGGAUGGGUUGUUCCAAUCCUGUUUGUGGGCCCAUGGGGAAUAAGCAGAUCCAAACUGGAGAACACUGGGUGCUGGGGAACAAAUGAACACAUGGGGAUCUGGUGGAUCAUCCGAGGACCAAUGUUGUUUUCCAUUGCAGUUAACUUUGGCAUCUUCUUAAAAAUUCUCAGAAUGCUGAUUUCCAAACUGAAAGCUCAGCAAAUGACCUUCCAUGACUACAAAUACAGAUUGGCAAGAUCUACACUUGUGCUGAUUCCAUUGUUGGGGAUCCAUGAAUUUGUGUUUACCUUCAUCACUGAUGAACAGGUGGAAGGACUUUCAAGACAUAUAAGACUUUUCAUUCAGCUGACAAUGAGCUCAUUUCAUGGUUUUUUGGUAGCAGUUCUCUAUUGCUUUGCUAACGGAGAGGUGAAAGCAGAGCUGCAGAAGCAGUGGUCCCGUUUCCUGCUGGCAGAUCCCUUGGGCUGCAAGCUCUGCUUUCUAGGGGAAAACAUCAAAUACCUCAGGAAAUGUUCCCAGAAAAGGAAAAAGCAGCACCCGAGCAGCAGGCACCACUUGGGCCUGGAGGCGAGCAGGCCCUGGGAGCUGCAGCUGCACAAGGUGCUGGGCAGGCCGGGCGCAGAGGCCCGGGCAGGCCCUCCCCAGAUGAGCAUGUCCGACAGCAGCGAGGGAGAGGUCACCACCGGAGAGACCACCGAGGAGGUCUUUGAGGAAAGUGAAAUUUAGGCAGCCGUCCCCUGGGACAGCACCUGCCAGCAGCAGGGCUCAGAAAAAACAAGUGUUCAUCUCUCAGCUGCAGGCUGCUCAGGGCUCUGGGCAGCGCGAGGACGAAGCAGUUGAUGGCCCAGGUGUUCCGAUUGUCUUGGGCUGAGAAAAAUGUUAUUUAUCUGGAGGUUGCUAAGCUGUGUGUCCAGGGAGAAGAGGUCUUCUGGAUGGAGCGUUUUUGCUUUGAGCUGGCAUUUCUGUAGCAUCCACAAGGAAGCAGGAUGAACUCUGGAAAUAAGCAGGCUCUGGAGACACUGAAGUUUGGUGAGCUUCAUCCAUAUGUGACUGGCUUUGAGUCACGUCAUGAGAAGACAGUUUUUGUUUUUCAUGAGUGGUUCUUAAACAGAGAGACGUGUGGAAGACUCCUUCACAGACUGAAAUCAUACCCCAUCUCAAGAAAUCCACCCCCAUUUUAGAACAAACCAGACCAAACAUAUAUAUAUUUGUAGGAAUGUGCCCCCUUGUUGACAGAGUGACCAAAUUAUCCUUUGUCCCCUUAAAAAGGAAAAAAGCCCAGAAGUUUCUCUCCUCAAUUUGGCAAAAAGACACCUCAUAGGACCUUUGGGACUUCACCUCAAACUUAAGGAUAGCUAAUCGGAGAGGAGCCAACAAGUCCCACCUGAGCAAUUCACUAGAAAAAGAAGAGAACAAAGGAAAUAAUUCCUUUUGUGAGAUGUUUUACCAGGAGCAAGAACCUCUUGCCCUGGCUCGGCUUUUCUCUGUAAGAGCUUUGUUAUUUUGCCUUUUUAUUAAAACUUUUCUGUUUCCAACACUGCCACAGAAGCCAUCCUGCUGAUUUUAUGCCAUCUGAGGUAAAUGAGCUAUCUAAGGUGUAAUAUAGAUCUCCAAGAGCUC